AUGGAAGCGGCGGAAGCUGAUGAUUUUAUGCCCGGCUCGACAUCCCACGAGCCCGUCGAAUUGACCGAGGAAGACCGCGAAAAGUUGGCCAAACAGGAGCCGGCCACCGAUUUUAAGAAACGCAAGCUUGAAAUCGAGGCGCAGGCGAAUUGGGACCGCUUCUACCACCGGAACCAGGCCAACUUUUUCAAGGACAGGAAUUGGAGCCCCGGGGAUAUGGCAAAACUUUGCGGCGAGUUGAAUACCGAGGACUCAAUUCUCUACUUAGAGGCCGGCUGCGGCGUGGGGAAUAUGCUGUUUCCGAUCGCCGAGGCGUAUUCGCAUUGGAGAUUUCAGGCCUUCGACUUUUCGAAGAACGCCGUCAAGCUGCUGGAGGAGCGCGCCAAGGAGAAAAUGCCGGGCGGUCUGCUCUUCAUCCGCGACUACGGCGCCAACGACCACGCGAUGGUGCGGUUUGGGCGCGGCGCGAAGCUGGACGAGCGCUUCUACGCGCGCCAGGACGGCACGAGGGCGUACUACUUUUUCACGGAAGAGCUCCAGGCGAUUUUCUCCGGCUUAUUCGAGUGCCAGAAGACGGAAUAUCUGCAUAGAAGCUAUCUCGACAUCCUCUACACGGACACGAACCUCAUCUUCGACCGCCGCUUCUACAGCUACGUGCUGCCCGCCGUGAAGUCGAUGGGCGAGCCGUACACGCUGCGCAUCAAGUUCACCUUCAAAAUCUACCUCUUCAACGGCGAAGACCUGGAGAAUAAGGUGCAGGGGUGGACGAUCGAGUUCCAGCAGAAGAACAACUACACCAUCUUUUUUAAGGAUGGAUUUUUGGUGGAAGAGCGGACGCCCCUUUGGUCGGCCGAGACCGAAAAGUCAACAUUUUUCAAGGUUCCCCCGGACAACCACGAGGAGCUGGUCACCAAGGAGUUCUAUAUUGACGUCCAGAAGAGCAAGCUGCAGAUCCGCGUCGGCGACAGCCUCAGCGUGCAGACCUGCAUACAGAUGUCGUACGACACGCGUCACAACCGCCGCUGGGCCAUCCGCCGUGGACACCCACAAUGCACGGCCGUCAUCUCAGAGCACAGCGACAACUUCCGCGUUGGCGACCACCUCCAAGACCCGAAGCCCGAGAACAUGGUCCACAUCAAGGCGAACACCUGGGGCAGCGAGGAGUAUAGCGAGACGGCCCUCGUCGGCAGCCUUCACCUCGCCAUCUGCAUUACCGUCAUCAUGGUGAUCGCGGCGAUCUACUUCACAAUCCUGGUCUCCUCCUCGGAGAUUGUCGACUUCAACGCGAUCGGGCUGAUGCAACGCGAACGGCAGCGCGCCAUGCACCGCGAGCAAGACUUUUUGGACGCGAGCCGCCGCGCCGAGCGCCGUCGACAACAUAUGGCC